AUGACAAACAGAUCAGUCUACUCAGUAACAAAAACAGAAAAUACAUUUGGAGCAACACGUGUUGAUGAAGAAGAUGCAUUUGAUGCAUUUGACGAUUUUGAUAAUAUUCAAGAAGAAGAAGUUAAAGAGGAAGUUGUAGAACAACCAAAAGAAGUGAAAGAAGAAGAAGUAAAAAAAGAAGAGUCAAUCAACGAAAUAGAGGAAAAAGUAAAAGAAGAAGAAAGCCCAAAAGUUGAAGAGAAAGUGACAAACAAAGCAGGAUGGUGUUUUGAAGAUUUUGAAGGAUCUGGAUCGAUUAAACCAAAGAUCUAUGCUAGUGCAACAGGAGGAUCAAAUGUUAGUGUAAAGAAACAACCAAAGAAAGUACAAAAUAGUUAUACAUCAACAUCAUCGAAUGUUGAUUGGAAUAAAUAUAAAAAUGCUAAAUCAAUUAGUUCAGAUCAACUCUUUGAAAAUGAUGAACCAACAGCAUAUGAAAAACAAAAACUAUCACAAUAUUCAAAUGCAAGUGCUAUUGGAUCAGAAGAAUUCUUUGGGAAAGAAGAAAAGAAAUCAUAUUCAAAAAUAGAUACAGAUGAUGAAUGGGGAAAUGAUGAAUUAUCAAGGAUGGCAGAUUCUAUAGCUAAUGGAGCAGUGAAAUUAGCAACAAAAGCAAAAAGUUUAUUUGAUGAUUUCUAA